UAUUUUUUAAUGAGUUUAGUUAUAAGAGUAAAUAAAAAAUAAAUAUUUAUUUACUCUUAUGAGUUUAGUAGAUGUAGAUAUAUCUGGGAGGUAUACUAAGUCAUUGUACUCUAAACUUAAUGGAAAUCAGGUUAAAGUCCAAAAGGCUAAAGUGUUUUUAUAUACAUGAUACCGCAUUUAUCAAUUUCAAUCACAGUCUACAUAUGUCAAACUGCAAAGUGCAAAACGAAAUUUUAAAUGAUUAUUAAGAUAAAUAAGGAAGAGAAGUGAAAUAAAAUGUUAAAAAUUUUGAAAGAGUUUCCACCGGGCCCAUUACAUGUAUAUAGGAAGAAGGCUUCAUUUGAUUGGAGAAAGUUGAAAAUAUUUAUUGACUCUGAAGAUAUUGUUGCAUAUGAGCACGAUCUCUGCAAAGAAUUGCAAAAAUAUCCAGAAUAUAUUAUUGACGAUUCAUCUAUAAAAAAUCUUCAAGAAAGAAGACAUGUGGCAGCUAAACAAACAUUCGCACAUAAAUCAAUUCAACUGUUAUCAUUGGAAAGCCUAAUUCAAAAUCUUAAACGGCCAACAGCUUCUACAAGAAUUAUGAUGCAAUUUUUUCCAGAUUCGACAAUAAAAUAUAGUGUUUCAGAUCGUUUAUUUGUUACUGCCAUUUUAAACAUGGGCACCAAUCGGCAUUUACAUUUUGUUAGUGAUACAGAAGAUGGGAAGAUCUUUGGUUGUUAUUGUCUGACAGAGAUAGGACACGGAAGCAACGCCAGAGGGAUGAGAACUGUGGCAAUGUACGAUAAAAGGACGGGAGAAUUUAUUUUAAAUUCACCUGAUUUCGAGGCAGCAAAAUGCUGGGCUGGAGGUUUGGGCCAGGGUGCUACCCAUGCUAUUGUUUACGCUAAACUUUUGUUAAACGACACCGAUCACGGUCUUCAUGCGUUCGUUGUUCCAAUACGGGAUCCCGAAACACACUCGCCUCACCCUGGACUGACGGUGGGAGAUAUGGGGGAGAAAAUUGGAUUAAACGGUGUCGAUAAUGGUUUUGUUGAAUUUAAUAACUACAGAAUACCUCGUGAAAACUUGUUAAACAAACACGGAGAUGUAACAGAAGAUGGCCGGUAUGUGACUACUAUUAAGGAUCCAAAUAAACGAUACGGUGCAGCACUGGGAUCCUUAUCUGGCGGCAGGGUCAAUAUUAGUUGUAUAUGUGAGGCGAUGGGUACAAAAGCUUUAACUGUAGCUAUAAGAUAUGCGGCCGUUCGCAAACAAUUUGGGCCGGAUGGUGAAGAAGAAAUCCCUCUUCUGGAGUACCAGACACACCAAUACCGCUUGUUACCUUAUUUAGCUGCUGCGUAUGUUUUAAGAAUAUUUAAUACGUAUUUAAGUGAAGUUUUUUACCAAUUUUCUAUCGACACUUUGACUGGAACUAAUGUAGACUCACUACAUGACACUGGGGUGGAAAUACAUGCCAUUUCUUCGGCCAGUAAACCGCUCGCUGGAUGGAUAAUGAAAGAGGCCAUUCAGGAAUGUAGAGAGGCUUGCGGGGGACAUGGAUAUCUUAAAGUGUCUAAUAUUGGAGAUAUAAGAAACAAUCACGAUGCCAAUUUGACGUACGAAGGCGAAAACUAUGUCCUGAUUCAACAAACAAGUAACUGGCUCCUAAAAUUGUGGCCUUUAGUAUUAGAAGGCAGGAAAAUAUCAACUCCAUUACAUUCCGCAGAUUUCCUUAGUACUGGGUUGGACAUAUUAAAGAGCAGAUUUUCUGGUACUAAAACAGAAGAUAUAUGUCGUCUGGAAACUGUCCUUUCGAUCUAUCAGUGGUUAGUCUGUUAUUUAUUGAAAAUUACUUUUGACAAGGUUGAAAAAGAUUUAAAAUCGGGGAAAAGUAUUUUCUGGGCCAAGAACGAUUGCCAAAUAUAUCGUGCCAAGAAUUUGGCUACCGCCUUUAUACAACAUUUCUUCUUAAGACAGAUGAUGGAAAAAAUUAAGGAGGCCGAGGACGGUGCCGUGAGUAAAGUUCUUAAUAAUGUAUGCUUGUUAUACGGAUUGUGGUCAUUGGAGAAGCAUAUACCGACAUUAUAUCAAGGAGCAUAUUUUCAUGGGUCCGAGGUUGCAUCUUUAAUUCAAGAUUCAGUUUUAAAGUUAUGUAACGAUUUAAAAAACGAAGCUGUCUCUUUAAUUGAUGCGGUGGCGCCUCCAGACUUUAUUCUUAAUUCGGUUCUAGGGGCCUCCGAUGGAAUGGUAUAUAAACAUUUACAAUCUGCAAUGCUGCGCUCAUCAUCCGAGAUGAAGACACCGCCCUGGUGGCAAGAGGAAGUUGAAAAGUGGAGGAAUGAUAAAACAAAAAAUAAAUUAUAAUUAUGGUAGGUUUAAUGUCACGGCAAGGUCUGGUUUAAUACUAGCAUGUCUUGUCGCAUAAAUCUUUAUGGAUGGUGUUGGUGACAUUUGGGUGUCGUUUUGGUGAUUUUCACUUGUUAACUCUUUUAACUGCAUCUUCACUUUAUAGCGAUAACGAGGAGGCAUAAUCGGAAUCUACAAUACACAAAAUUAAUUAAUAAGUGGUUAUAAUUUAGCAAAUAAGAUUUAAAUGUAUUCUCGUUUCUCUUGGGUUGUUAAGGAAAAUGGAAUAAAAGGACCUGUUGAAAAUAAA